AUGCUGGGUAGAAGUCCACUUGGCUUGCGGGUAACCGAUUACGAGGAACAGAUUGGUGCCGAUGUUGUGCAACACGGAUUGGCUGGUACCAAUAUUGCUCGAUACCAUAUCGAAAAACCCUUGUCAUCGAAAACCUUUGCAACGGUCACAAAGGCAAUAACAAAGUGGAAAAUCCAGACACGAGCGAACAGAGCUCUUCGCCAGCAACAAGCUGCUUCGGGUGCAAGAAAAACAGUGGACGCAUUCGUAUCAGCUGUCAGUCACAUGCCGCAACAAACUGCUAAAAAAGCUUCUCAGAAGUUGACGCCGUCCGUAACACCAUUAACACGCUCGGAUAACAUCACAGCCCAAGCAAUUCAUUCAAUGUCGCUUAAUUUACCGCAUGCCGUCGGCUUGGCAAGUGAUUUCAAGCGGGAGCAAGAACUGUCGAAGUGUGUGCAAAUCGAUGAAACAACUAGUACUGCUGGACAAGUUUGUUAA